AUGGCGCCCUUAACUCGUUCCGCUCGAACUGCUUCCUCGGGGGUAACCUGUUCUCACAGGCAAAAUGAGAUCAUCAGUGUUGAGGAGGAAGAGGACCAAAGCGAAUCCUUUGACGAGAAUGAAGGGUCAGGGGGUGAAGAACCAACAUCUGAAGAUCAGGACGAGGACAUGGAUGAAGACAUGGAUGGCGUGAAUGACGAGGAAUCGGAGACCGGCUCUGAGGAGUCAGAGCCUGAGCCUGCUCUGCAGUCUGUUUACGAAAUCCCGGGCAAGGGACAAGAUACCCCGCUGUUUACAGCCGCGGGCGCGCAGGAAGCACUGCAUCCCCUUCGCCGAACCGCCGACCGCGUCACUCGUCAAAUUGAAGCAUUCGCCGACAAGCUCGAUCAGUUCAAGCGCAAAAAUACCACCGACGAUUUCCAGAAUGUCCAGGCAGCUUAUAAACUGGUGGAGAGCUACCGCGAUCUUGCGAAAAACGCCAUCAAAGAAAUCCAGACACAGCAAAUCACAAACCGACACCGGGCGAGCUAUCGAGCAAGCGAUGUGAAAUCUCACGAGCAGAUCCAGCGAUUGCAACUCGAGGUUGAUACCUGGCGUCUUCUGCUUAACCUGAUCAGUAUCGAUGAUCCUGCCAGUCGGGCUAGCUUCAAGGAAGGCCGCCAGACAGCUUUCCAGAACCUCCACCGCUACUCAUCUGAUCGCGAGAUCUGGGAGGAGUUCUUGAACGCCGAUCAGUAUGGUCUCGAAUGUGUUGUUGCUAUGCGAUGGCUAGAGGAGACCUCCAAGAGCAGUACACAGGAUUUCGAUGAUUUGAUCGCGCAAAUGGAGGCGCGUUCGGAAAGGGGCCAGGGAUUAUGGUCGCACGGCUGGCUUUACACCAAGGAGGCGAUCAAGGGUCAUAAGCGACUACGCGCAUGGCCACAGCCUCUUGAGCCGAAUGACCCGGGCAUCGCGCGCUCGCUUUUGAGCACCGAGGAACAGAAGCCACUGGUCACACAACUCGAUCCCGAUGCUCUUACUCGACAGAAGCACGGUUUGGAAAAGCAGGAUGAGAUCUACGAACGCGCCACCUGGGUGACUUGUUGGAAGAUGCUGAGACAAGGCGAGAACUGGACGAAGAUUCGUGAAUGGGCAGAGGGCCGUUUAGAAGGAUGGAGGGCUGUCAGCUUGUGUGGUUCUAGCGUGGAUGAUAAUGCGCCCAAGACUCGGUUCCCAAUCGAUGAUGGUCACACGCGACUGAUGAAUAGUCGGGCGCACGAUUCAUGGCGCACCGCUUGCGCAGCCCUGACACGCAGCCCUAACACUGAUGACUUCCAGCGGGCAGUCUAUUCGCUACUUUCUGGCGAAACUGAUGCUGCCUCCAAUGUCUGCCGCAGCUGGGACGACCACCUCUACGUGUUCUUUAACAGUGUUGUGCUCCAACGCUACCGGGGAUUCUGCGCGCAAUUCCAGCGCAAACUCAGUCUCUCACCCAGCACCCCUGUAUCAUUCACACCGGAAGCGCCUGGUCAUGCCGACCUCCAGAAGUUCCUGGUCUACCUCAGAGGCGUUGAACGGAUCAGCGGCGAAGCGCGCAAUCCAUUCCGCAACAUCCAAGCCGCCAUUCUCAGCAAGGGUUACGACUCUUUCUUCCCGGCCCUCGCUCAAGCUGUCUCCCAGCUUAGUGCCGACAAAUAUGGCAAGGCAUCCAUUGUUCCGGAGCUUGCGCAUAGUCCUGUGGAUGAAUCAUUCCUCAUUGCUGCCGAUGACGAGGAGGCUCUCAGGAUCGCUACACAUACUUACAUUGUGGCCAGCUCGAUGACUUAUGCUCGCGCAGACACCCAUUUCUUUGAACAGGCGUCAGUGAUCAUUGCUGGAUACAUUGCCACCCUGGAAGAAAAGUGCCUAUUCGACCUCAUUCCACUUUACGUGUCUCUUCUUCCUACUGAGAUGGCCAAUAGUGUCUUCUCUAAGAUUCUUAUUGAGAUCAUCGACCCCGAAGAGAAAAUGCAGCAGAUCCGACUCAUGCGGAGAUAUGGAAUCGACGUUGAAGCCGUUCUUGAAGUUCAAUGGUCGUGGUUGAGCGCCGAUGUCCCCACAAUCCAUCAUUCCAGAGACGUCACUGGGUAUUCAAGAGUAGUGCGACGACCUGACGGUCUUCGAGCGCUGGUGUCACCAAAGACCGAUUUGAUUGGUACUUCUGUCGCCGAUGAAGACGAGAAGAUGAUCCGUAGUCUGGAGUGGUUCCGCGCCGUUGACGGUCAAUGGGACAAGAUUUGUGAGCUAGGCGCUUGGCUGUAUCGCAAAUUCUUCGUUGCUGAUAAGCUUGCCGCUGCUCGCGAGUUGAGCCUCCGUAUGCGAUUGUCUGAUAUCUCGAUUGAAAAGUUCGGCUCCGAUAUCAUUUCAAUUCCCCCACAAGAGAAUCCUGUUGAGGCGUCCACGCCAACCAGCCCGUCUAAGUCCAAGAGAAACAGCCUUCACAGGCGCAGCACCUUCAACUCUAGCAACUUUGGACUGGUGGCAGCAUGGUACCAAUGCCAGCGGAUGUCUGAUCUGGAGGUUUUGACCCUCGGAUUUGAUACAGUGGAACAGUUUGCUCAGAUUCACGAGCAGAUCUCCAAGACUAAACGUCGACGUGACUCGGGUGCCGUCACCGACAUGACCGAUGAAAUGCAUGAUUGUGUGACAGCAAUGGAGGACUAUUUGGGAGCAGUGGUCAGCGACGACUGGCUCGUCACAUCUACCGAUGCCGACGAAGAAAAAGACUACGAUAAAAUCCGAACUACCUACCUCCCAGAACUGGUCCUCGACUACCAUAACGCCAUGCACUACGCCAGCCACUGCCUUGAGAGACACGAGCUGCUGACCCAGUGUAUGAUCGUAUCGGUCUGGGUCGCAAAUUUCAAGCACCUGACCGACGCCUUCACCAAGUCCCGACGCAUGGCCGAGCUCGUUGAUGCACUGGCAUUAUCCAGUAAGGCGAUGGUCAAUCGGAACCUCGAGUUCCAGCUGUCCAAUAAAAAGAAGGACCACCACUUUGAAAAGGGCCAGGAAUUGAAGAUCUGGGACGUUGAGAUCCCCCAGAAAGAAGGUGAAACUCGGCUUCAUAAUCUCCCGGAGAUGUGA